GUGGCACCAAUGAUAAAAGAACAUUAAAGUGCAGUAAGCAAUAUGGCGCAUUACGCAUUAUUAUUUGAUUCUUCAGAUGAAGAAGAUUUUAUGAUAAUACCACCGUUACAACCUAUCGUAGAUGAAAAUGAUGACGAUCAAAAUAUAUUAAUAUUACAUCCAAUUCUUGGUAUAAUCCAACGAAUUGCACAUAUUAAAAUUGUUAAUUAUGUAGAAAAUAUUGUACAUAAUUACAAUGAUAUGGAUUUUAUAAUGCACUUCCGCUUAUCACGACAAAUAACAUACAGUUUAAUAGACCAGUUCAGAGUUUCGGAAAUAUUUACUUCCAUAGAAAGGCAUGAAAGUGCAUCAUACAGAGAUGUUGCCGACAGAUUUGGGAUAACACUUAGUGCCUUGUAUAAUAUUAUUACUAGAGUUACAGAUUUUAUAAUCUCUAUUAUGCCUAAUAUUAUAAAAUAUCCAACUGCAGUUGAAAAAAUGGAAACUGCAGCUUUUUACGAAAGAGAAAAAGGAUUCCCUGGUGUAAUAGGUGCUAUUGAUGGUUCUCAUAUCCGAAUUGAUCGGCCAUUACAAGAUUCUGAUUCAUAUGUUAACCGAAAACAUUAUUUUUCAUUACAUGUUCAGGGAGUUGUAAAUCAUAAAAUGAAAUUCAUGGAUGUUUUCAUAGGAUAUCCGGGCUCAGUGCAUGACGCACGGGUAUUUCGAAAUUCACCAAUUCGCAACGAUUUGUCUGAACUUUGUGAAGAUAAUUAUUUUUUAUUGGGUGAUAGUGUAUAUCCCUGUUUGAAACAACUAAUUGUACCAUACAGAGAUAAUGGACAUAUGACACAUGCACAAAAAACUUUCAAUCGCAAAUUAAGUUCUUUACGAGUGAUUAUUGAAAACGCAUUUGGCUGUCUAAAACAGCGUUUUCGACAGUUAUAUCACUUUAAGUUAAGAAACAUAGUGCGAAUGGUACAGAUCAUACACGCCUGUUGCGUGCUACAUAAUAUUGCAGAUAUUAAUGAUUUACAAUAUUUAAAAGAACAAAUAAAUGAUGAAUAUCCUGAUAUUGAAGUUGUAAACCGCAACGUGGAAGUGAAUGAUGCACCUAGAAAAGUAGAGAAUGGAAUAGAUCGUCGUGAGCAAUUAUGUCGUUUAAUUUAUGCAGAAUAA